AUGGUUGUCUACUCAUUCUAUAUAUUUGACCGCCAUGCGGAGUGCAUCUACAAGAGAACUUGGUUGCCAGCAUACAUGUCAACCACUGGCAAGACGUCCAGACCAUCAUCGCAAGCCUACGUCAACGGUGGCACCACUCCAGUGCGAGGUGGCUUGAGUGCAGAUGACGAUGCCAAACUGAUCUUUGGCACCGUCUUUUCCUUGCGGAACAUGGUGCGAAAGCUGGGUGGCGAUGAUGACAGUUUCCUCUCCUAUCGGACAUCCCAAUACAAGCUCCAUUACUACGAAACACCAACAAACACCAAAUUCGUUAUGCUGACCGACACCAAGUCUGGUUCAAUGCGCAUAGCACUACAACAAAUAUAUGUGAACUGUUAUGUUGAAUAUGUGGUGAAGAACCCUUUGUCGCCCGCGGAGCACCCUGGCGGCAUUGGCGUCAACAAUGAGCUUUUUGAGGCAAGCCUGGAGCAAUUUGUGGAUCGGGUAUUGAAUGCAUCGUGA